AUGUGCGACGAAACCUGGCCCACAUGUUCGGCGUGUAAACGUGCUGAAAGGAAAUGUUCUGGGCCCCCGAGCUACAAGUUCGUCAUUAACGGUUGCCAUUCCACAUCUGCCAACAAGAAAGAGUUUCCAGCAAGUUUUGAUGCCAACGCCACCAUUCAAGAUACCAGAACUGUGGAGCCGGCAGAGUCGUCCUUUUCAUCGGGCCGACUCACAACUAUAGUCAAAGUGCAGAAGAAAGAGGCAAGUGGUGGCGACAGCUUCCACUCCGUGCGCUUAACCCCCAGCAAUCCCCGUAACGAGCACGUCACAAAAGCCGAUCUUCUUUCAGCAAAACUACUAUACUACUUGGAAGUAAGUGCCGGAUCGGAGUGUGAUCUACAGAUGUGGGGUCACUCCCUCAAGCUGCUCCCUCGGUUCCUUGAUGGCAGUGCCGCACUGCGGCAUGCCGUAGACUUACUCCUCACAUGUUGGUCGAACCUCCAACAGAAAGGGUCCAUAACAGACAGCCUCGAUCUGACUCUCUACAAUCAAGCACUUCGCAGCCUGCAGGAGGCUUUGCAAGGCGCCCUUGUGGAUCCAGUUUCAUGUCUUACCAGUAGCACACUCGCCGCUCAGACUGUGCUACAGAAAGUCGAGAUCGCCUUUGACCAUCUCAAACACGAUGUACUAGAGGGAAGGGAGAGCAUUUUUUCAGAGCCCUCUUGGACUAAAGCUCUUCGAAAUGCAGUGAGCGCAAUUGGUUUUCAGAACCCGAUCACGGGCCUUAUCUAUAACUUCUGGAUUGAGAUGACAGUCUGGCCGACCCUUGUCCAUCUGCUCGCUAGGCUACACCAAAGCCCUUCACACUCAAUGCUAGCGAUGGAGUUGGCUCUGAGGUCUAACAGUGCUUUGGAAUAUCUUCGCCAAUUAGAUGUAGAAGUUUUCCUCAAAGCAAUGGGAACUGGUGAGAUAAGGAAAACUGAGAAUCGGUACCGCACGAACGAUAAGGCUUGGACGGGGGUCGACGUUUUUCCAACGUGUUACUCUUUUAUCAACUACGAGCUGGCAAACUGGUUUGCCACACACGCGUUCUUUACGGUAGCAUUUUCCCGGAUGCUGCAAGCCGCCUAUUCUUUCCUUGGCCAUGUGGACGAAGUCGUUGAGAUCACUGCAAAGGCAUACAGCUGCCGCAUUUGGCUGGCAUUUCCGUGGAUGGAACGACGGAAGCCUCUUGAGCUAGGAGUCGUGCCACAAUUGUGCUUGUCUUUUGAAGGGGGAAAUUCGAUCGAAAGGAGAAUGGUCCUAUCAUCCCUAGAGGAAAUAAAGCCCUCUACAGCUGCCUUUCAAUGGACCGAGGCCGCUAUUGUGACCCAAGUUUUGGCACUUACAGGUCGUCUACAACUGAUCGAGGGUAGAAGUUAA